GGAGCUUUUGGUGAAAGGAUGUUUAUACCAAAUUUAAACAGACAUUUCAACAAUCAACUCAGUUGGCUGAAGGUGAUGGAACGUGAGUCUGGUUUAGCUCCUAGUGGUAAAACUAUUCAGUUCCAGGGACUUCUUUUAGCAGGCUGGUCUCGGUAUGACCAUUUUGCUGUAUUGUGUGAACUAUUACCUGUGUCUAUACCCAGCCUAGUCCUGGAUCUAGUAACUGUGGCGAAACCUGUAAAUCUCGGAGCUGAGAUCCAUUCUUUGUUAUCCUGCCCUGGAACUGUUCCCUUGCUGACACAGCGCAGAUUACGACAAGAUCCACAUCAGUCUGAACUUCGUAACUGCAAGUUUCCUGGGAGCAAAUUAUUUGGUUUGGUUUCGUCUCUACAGUACUACAAGUCAGAGGCAGAGAACCUUGUACGUAAACUUAGACUGCGCGGAGGCUGGCUCACAUCUUACAACCUCAGGCAUAAUUUUUCCUCUCCUUCUCGCCUGAGCCCCCAGACAAGACAAAUUCAGUAUUUACUAAAGUCUCUGAGUGAAUACUCAUCCAACUUGAACAAUGAGAUGAACCAGUUUUUCCUUGAAGAUACUGUUAAUGAGUGGAUUGAACAAAACAUUUUACCAAUAAGGGUUAUUCUACAAUCUUUAAACAAAGAUAUAAACCUAAUUAGCGCAAGGAAGGAUUGGCCUAGACGACCGGUUGUAUCCUCUUCAGUUUCUUGAAUUCCCUCCCCCCUUCCCUUUCCAUACACCCCGCCCCUUCUCCC